AUGAUCGAGCAGAAACUUGAUCGUCAGACCGUUGAGGUAGAUCACAAGAUAGACAAAUUGAAGCGAGAAUUGGAGCAAUCCAAAAAAAUGGCCAUGCCGUUAGAUCACGCAUCCGGAAGAACUUUGAAGGUACCAGCAUUUGACGGAGAGAUGUCCUGGAACGUUUAUAAAACCCAGUUCGAAGCAACGGCAACUAGUAACUGUUGGAACGGAAAAGAACGAGCAACAGCACUGAUACUGGCCCUGCAAGGUUCAGCAGCAGAAGUUCUUCAGACGAUUCCGGCGGAGAACCACUUCAACUAUGAAGUUCUGCAUAGAGACGAAACUGCCCUGGAUACGAUUAUCAAAGCCCUUCGUGAUUCGGAACUCAAGCAAUCCCUUCUCUUGUCAGAUAAACAAAAACUCAAGGAUGCCGUUGCGCACAGUCUCACUUUUGAAUCGGCAAAGCAAGCAUCAAAAAGUGACGUACGUCUACGCCAAGUACAUGAAGAAUGCUCUUGCCAGAAGGUGGUUGUGAAACGCGAACCCCAACAGCAUGGUGUACCCCAAUGCUGGAUUUGUGAUGAAAAAGGCCAUCUACGUCGUGAUUGUAAACACCGCCUAAAAGAUAACUACUGCCGAAAUUGCGCGACAAGAUGGCGCAAAAGAAGAGAAGAUGAUCCUGUAUCACGAUCGGCCCAUUCGUUAGAAGGGGCGGAAAACUAA